CAAGGAUGUAGACUGUGUGUGUAUUUGAAUACUGUUGAUAUGACCGCCAGCCUUUUCCUCUCUCAACAUGCCUGCAGCGAUGCACCUCACUGUGCUAUUGUGCCUGUUUGCAGUCACAGUCUGUAAAGACACCACCACUUCCUCUGCAGUCAGACAGGUAACAGAGAUUACCACAAGUGCUGCACACCACACCAGUUUGACAGUCACUACCAAAGAUAAAGUCAGUCCGGCUGUGACUACACAAGAUAAAGUCAGUACAACUUUGACUACGCAAGAUAAAGUCAGUACAACUUUGACUACGCAAGAUGAAGUCAGUACAACUUCGACUACGCAAGAUGAAGUCAGUACAACUUCGACUACACAAGAUAAAGUCAGUCUAUCCAGUGUGACAACUACCAACAACACACAACAGCCUCUGAUGACAACAACACACCAGAGUACCUCAGCAGCCACUUCAGAAAAAGUGUCAACAUCACCACCACCCUUGACUUCCCCCCUCACACCCAAUAGGACAGAGGAAACACAUUCCACUGUCACUCCUCCUCAGACUCCAACGACCAACCAGACAUCCAACGCGACAGUUUCCCACGGACCGACACUCCCACCAACGUCAGACUCACCGAACAUCACGGCAACAACCUCUGUGAACACAACUAGCUCAGGUCUCUUACAUGAGUGGGGAAAACAUGACUUGGAAGCAAACCCCGGCCUUGUGGCCAUCAUUUGCAUCUUUUGUAUCGUCUUAGUACUUUUGCUGGUGAUUGCCGCCAUGAAAUGUAUCCAAUCACCGAGGUCCAACUUCGAGAGGCUUGAUGACAUGCCGAUGGGCAAAGUGAACGAGGAAUCUCCAUUCGCACACUACUCAAAAUAACAGAGAAGACUUCAUCAGACGUUGACGUCCAGGAGGAGCUCGGUCUACUGUACGACUCUGAUGAUUCUGGAUAGAGAGAGAGAAAAAAAAAAAACAGAAAUGUUGUCCACCCAAGAAAGAGACAAGUUUGAUGUUUUCCUCUCAGGCUCUUAUUUCUCUACAAAGCACUUUUGUCAAUGACUGGAGAAUUUCUGCCUCACCUUUGACCCUUGACCUGCACGUUUGGCUGCUUAUAAUUCUGCUGAUUGAAGCUGGAUCAACUGUUGCACUUAGUCUUCCUCCAUAGGUUCUUCUGAAUAGAGAAUCAGCAUGAAAGGUACAAAUAUAAAAUGAAUGUUUCCUCAACUGGUGAUGCACGUCCUGGUGAGCAUUUGUAAUUCAGAAUUGCACUCUUGCAUGUAACAAGUGACAUUAUAAGAAUACAGCACAUAUAAAGUUUCCAUGAUGAUGUGGGGAUUUGUGUCGUCAACAGUGCAUAGGAAGUUAUAUUUUCAGGGUUGAAAGUGUACAUGAAAUUAAUAUUAUCUGCAUGUACAAUGCCUUUUUGGGCAGCUAUUAUAUAGAAAUACAACUCUAAUUGGAAUUGACGUGUAUUAUGUUAUUUAUUGCUCAUUGGCUGAGAUACAAUUCAGCAGGAACAGUGAAGAAACAAUUUGAUAGAAUUAUUAUGGCAAAGAAAUAUUAAGACUGCCAACACCAAGGAAAGAUGAAGACACAAGAAGCAGGAAGGUAACAUUUGAACACUAGCGAGAAAAUGCAAACUAGUACGGGACUGUACUUCGUCAUGCCGAACCUGCAAAUUGAAAUAGUUUCGCGUUGAUGACUUAUCAGUAAAACCAGUGGUUCCCAACUGGUCCAGAUUUCUUAGUCAUUAGUUCAAGGUCCACACAGUAUAAUACAUUCAGGGUCAUACUUGCGUUUGGCCAUGUCGUUGAGUUAGUCUGUUGUCUUUGUAAAGUAUCUGUCCACUAAUCACUAACUCUACAACAGAAAAUGGCACUGUGUGUUUUUUACAAACUCGCGAGUCACUUGCGGUCCACUCAGAAUAGACCCGCGACCAACCAGUUGGAAGUCACUGAGUUAAACCGUAACUCUGGUCAAUUUGAGUAUUUUGGCUUAUAACAAACAAUGACACAAGUCUGUAGACACAUGACAGACAGAUGUCAGACAAUAUAAUAACACUAAAUAGAGUGCAUUAAGGAUGAUGUGUUUUAUAAGCCAGCAGGGAAGUUAAUGUCGCCCUUGUUCAAUUUUUCCAUUAAAUUUUGGAUUUCUGCAGAAAAUAAGCUCUGUGAAAAACAGAAGUUUAUGACAUUUACACGUUUUGUUAAGCAAGAUAAUCUUCACAAAGGAAUACCAAUUUUGCAGUCACCAGAAGUAAAAAGCUAACGUUAGCCUAUAAACAAACUACACCAUGGAUGCAUGACUUAAACACAACAAGACGUUAAAGUUGCAUUCGGAGUGAUGACGCACAGUACUCUCAUUUAGCCACUUAACAUCCACCUUUUCUAUCAUAAAGGCAAGUGCAGGCUUUAAAAUUCACAAGUGGGGAAAUUUUCUGACAUAUUUCACGACAAAAAACAAAGCAUGAAAGUCUCUCAAGCUUGUGUUAACCACAGACCUUAUUUCAGACAUCUAACCAAAAACCCUUUCAAUAAUCCCUUCGACGUAAAGAUGAAGGAACCAGGAGUGCUAAAACGCUAACUCAUAUCCGGGCUUUAGGUUUCAUUCCUGGAGCACUGCAUAUUUUUCACUCUCACUCUAUAUAUCUCUUCACAUACAAUGUUGACACAUGUAAUCCUUUACCAAAUCUUAUGUGUGGCAAAGCUGCUCUCUUUCAUUCAUUUUAAUUCUGUUAACAUCUCUCUCUAGUGAUGGCUGGGACACACACAGCUCUCUUCCAAAGGAGAAUAAUAUAUUCAAAUUACUUUCAUACCUCCACAAAGUAAUUUUGCUGCAUGUUUACGCUCAGGGAUCACAGUAAAUGCUUUUAAAAAUCAGGGUGAUCAUCAUAUAACCCAACAAGUGCGCAUCACACACUGGCUGUUAGACAGAUGUACAUAACUGUGACAUUUUGAAUGAAAUAAAAGGAAUAUUCCCAAAACA